CUCUUUAGAAGCUUGCUGUCCUUUGAAGUUGAAAGACAACUAGAAGCUCCACCUCUUUCCCUACAGGGCCAUCUAGAUGUCACCGCUUUCUUCUUACGAAGAAAAUGAACAGACCUCUCAAAAACAACUCUCUCCCAGACUAACAGAAAUGAUAACGUUGAUUCGGUAGCGACACGGCGUGGGAGGCAAAAUAGAGUCCGCACCUCGCCGAACUCGUAAACAAACUUAGGCCGGGGAUCUAUUUAGCAAGGUAAGGGCGGAGCGACAAAAAUCGCGCUGGGAUCAACCGCAGCUGCGCACAUUGUAUUUCCGUCUCCCUCCCCCCCCCCGCCCCCCAGGACUCCGCAGUACAAGCUGUCAUGGCGGCCCGACUGUUAAGCUUGUAUGGUCGCUGCCUGUCAGCAGCGGGGGCGAUGAGAGGGCUCCCGGCUGCUCGCGUUCGCUGGGAGUCCUCCAGGGCUGUAAUCGCCCCAUCCGGUGUGGAGAAAAAGCGGCAACGAGAACCGACCAUGCAGUGGCAGGAGGACCCAGAACCCGAGGACGAAAACGUCUACGCGAAGAACCCUGACUUUCAUGGUUAUGAUAGUGACCCUGUGGUGGACGUCUGGAAUAUGCGAGCUGUCUUCUUCUUUGGUUUUUCCAUCGUCCUGGUCUUUGGGACCACCUUCGUGGCUUAUGUGCCUGAUUACAGGAUGCAAGAGUGGGCCCGCCGGGAAGCUGAGAGACUUGUGAAAUACCGAGAAGUCAAUGGCCUUCCCAUCAUGGAAUCCAACUACUUCGAUCCCAGCAAGAUCCAGUUACCAGAAGAUGACUGAUGGCUUACCGAGCAGGGCCUAAGAAGCAUUACUCAUCCGCUGCUUGUUAUUUACCUGGUUCCUCAGAACACCUUAUUAAAGGAAUUGAAAGUA